UAUAAUCACCUAUUCAUCAGAAGUUAUAAGCUCUUUGUGUGUUUUUGAAAUUCUUCACCAAACAAUAUGGAUAACUCACAAAAGAUGAGCUACCAUGCAGGAGAAGCCAAGGGUCAAGCUCAGGAGAAAUUGAGCAAUAUGAUGGAUAAGGCCGGUGAUGCAGCUCAAUCAGCUAAGGAAUCAGUGCAAGAAGUAGGACAACAAAUGAAGGCCAAAGUACAAGGAGCAGCUGAUGCUGUCAAGGAUGCAAUUAAUAAAUAA